GGUAGAGGACAAUAUUUACAAGCAAAAGGUAGUCCCCAGCUGAGAGGACGCAUGCGCAGUGCCGUUCCGAAGAGCGCCAAGCCCAUAGACCGCUCAGUGUUUCAGUCUGUGUUCAGUCACAAUGAUGUUAACUCGUAGUUUGGGCUUUGUGCUGUCAGCAUUAUGUCUCUUCAUCCUAGUUUCAGCUCAGAGUUCAGAGGAACAAGAAGAUGGAAAAACACAAUGUUCACUUAAUUCUGAAGGAAUAUGCUUAAAAAGUGAAAAAUGUUUUAAGGAAUAUAAAAUAUGUAUGUGUCGUGAAGGAAAUGUAGCCUUAUGUGGUAUUAUGAAUUCUGUCCGCCAGAGAAGGGAAACUCAUGGAGACAAAAUAAGCCCUGGUGGAAGAUGUAAACCAGGAGACAAAUGGAAACUUGAUGAAUGCAACCAGUGUCACUGCACUCAUACUGGAUAUGCUUCUUGUUCACUUAAUGAAUGUUCGCCCAAAAAAAAGGGAAAACGCUCUACACAACAAAGCAAAAUGGACCAACAUGGGAAGUGUAAACCAGGUGACAAAUGGCAACUAGAUGAAUGCAAUAGUUGUGUUUGUACACAUACUGGUUAUGCAUCAUGCUCACUUAAUGAUUGUAAACAAAAAAAAAGAGGAAAACGAACUGCAUCAAUUGGUAAACCAUUAGAUAUGAAGAAGAGAGAGGCAAAACCUUGGAGAGUACAAGGCAACAGUGGGAAUGAAUGUAGGGCAGGCCACUCCUGGAAAGAAAACUGCAACAGCUGUUUCUGUUCAGAAAGGGGAAUCGCAAUGUGUACGGAUAUGGCAUGCCCAACACCACCCCCUCAUUCUAAAAACUAGAAACAGUUAUAUAGGUGUAUAAAGUUUUCCAAAUUAGACCUAACAACUGCUGAUGGGGUCAGGUUUGGAAAUUUUAAGUAUAAAUUUGUUUCUAUCCCUAGUAAUUAUUUUUAAAUCAAAUUUUAGGUUUAAGGUGUUAGUUAUUUUAUAUAAUAAGUAUUAACAUUGUCUACAUAAAUAAAUAUAGUUAACUUUUUAUUUUAUCUGUGGUGAAUUCAGACCACACUGUUGCCUCUUGUUAACCAGGGCGUAGUAAAUUACUUAUGAUAUUUAACAUUCCAUAAACUUCAAGUUUGUGGUAUAAUACAUACUUACAAAAUUAAUUUAAUUGUUUGGAGCUGAUUAAUGUAUUUAAAUCUUGUUAUUGAUCAUGAUAACCUAAUGUGUGAGCAUAUAUUUCAAAAUAAUAAUAUGCAUAUAUAUACAUAUUUAAAAUCUAUAAUUUUAAUAAUUCAGACUUCAUAUUCUGUCAACUGCAAAAAAUCUAUAAUUCUUUGAUAAACAGUGUAAUAAAGUCAAUUAUUCCAGGUUUUAAUAGAUGUAACUAUUAAACUGAAAUAUGAUAAAUACCUUAAUAAAACAUGAAAAACAAAUUAAAAUGAAACAUGAGUGAUAGUUUCUUUGUUUACAAAUUAUUUUGACUUUAGUUUUUUCCACAUGAGUGCUAACAUGUAUUAAUAUUAUUUUCAUGUUAAUCUUAUUGUUAUAUAAAUUUACACUAUAUUGUGUAAUCGACUGUUUAAUUAUCAAGAAAUAAUUUAAUUAUCAAUUAAUUAUCUUACUUUAAAUGCAUAGGUUAGAUUUUAGUAUAAGUUCGCAAUCAUUAAUGGCAUUAUUUUGUGAAAAGAUUAAAAAAAAAUUAUAUAUACUUCAUCAGCAGUAUUUGAUAAAAAAUUAGGUAACAUUUAAUAUUUACAUAUAUGUAUGUAUGUAUAUAUUUUGUUUUUGUAUUUUAUUUCAGAAACAUUCAUGUGUUUCAACUAAGUACAAUAUGUUUAAAAAACAAAGUCAACAAAAUUCCUGAAAUGGCAUUUUAUGUGUGCUUUUAAAUUUAGUUUGCUUUUUGUUGUAAAUUUUCAAAAUAAAAGUUUUCUUUUAUA